AUGUCGUCCUUCGUCCCGACUGCUGCUCAGGUGGAGCAAUUCCACCGUGACGGCUACCUCCUCCUUCGCGCGGAGGAGCAUGGCCUGGUAGCACCAGAGAAACUCCGGGCCUGGACUCAGCAGGUGCGGGAGUGGCCCCUUGAAAAGGGAAAGUGGAUGCCUUACCAUGAAGUCAACGUCAAUGGCACAAGGCAACUGCUGCGGACGGAGAACUUUGUCGACUAUCACCCUGACUUCCACGCUCUCCUGUGUGGAGGGGCUCUGGCAGAGAUCUUGAAGAGUAUCUCUGGUGAUGACAUGUUGCUAUUCAAAGACAAGAUCAACUACAAGCUGCCAUCAGGGAACGGAUUUGCUGCACAUCUAGACGCUCCAGCAUACGACCACAUUGGAAAAAUCGAGCACUUAACUGCCAACUUGGCCGUUGACGAGGCCACUCCCGAAAACGGAUGUAUCGAAGUCGUUCCUGGAUCUCACAAAAUGGACGUGGAGCUUUCCCAUGGAGGCGCCAUUUCCAAGGCCUGGGAAGACAGCCACACGUGGACGAAAGUGCCGCUGCAUCCUGGAGAUAUCCUGUUGUUCGGAAGCCACCUAGCCCACCGAAGCGGCCCAAACCGCACCAACACCAGUCGCAGCAGCAUAUAUGCCACCUACCACGGUAAAAGAGAUGGGGACAAUCUCAGGCAGCAGUAUUAUGUCCAUCGACGAGAGAAUUUCCCACCCGACAAUGAACGUGUCGCCGGAAAGGAUUAUACUCAGGGAUACAAUACUUAUGGCUUUGCUGCGCCAUUUCUGUCAGAGAAACAAGUCGGGCAGGACAAGGGCAGAGUCCAGGCAGUUCAUUGA